AUGGAAGUUGUUUGUCCACAUUUACCAGAGGAAAUAGUAGUGGAAAUCCUACAGAGAUUGCCCCACGACUCUGUCAUAACAUCAAAACGAGUGUGUAAGUCAUGGUACGAUAUCAUAAAGCACGAGUCAUUUGUAAGCAAUCACUUUCAUCGUCACUUGAAAUUUGAUACAAACACUUCCUUGCUUUUCUUACACGGUUUAAAUUAUUAUAAGGAUUCGCUUGAUACUAUCUCUUAUGAUCACGAUCAUGAUAAUGACCACCUUAUUCCUUAUGUUGUCGAACAAUCUCACACAAUAGGGAAAUUACUCCAUUUCGUUCGAGGAUCCUUCUUUGAAAGAGACCGGAUAAGAGGGCUUCAUUGUAAUGGCAUCAUUGCCUUCCCUAAACAGGAUACUGAAAUCGUCUUCUUCAAUCCAACCCUAAAACAAUUUAAGAUUUUAUACACACAACCUCUACUCGAUUUUGUAUCUAUCGCACAUGGAUUUGGCUACGAUCAAAGAGCAAAUCUUUACAAGUAUGUCAAGAUUUUUCAAUCCGAAUCCAAAUAUAGUCAUGAUGAUGCUACAAUGUUUAGAGCUCAAGUUUGUACUCUAUGGAUUAAUAGUAGUGGUGGUGGCAGUGUUAGUAGUAGUUGGAGAGAGACAAAUAUCAUAUUACCAAUUAAAAAUACUUGGUUUGACGACGGUGUGGUAUAUUUGAAAUCUGUUUGUUAUUGGCUCAAUUUGAGUGAGAAGCAGCCUCAAGUUGUUUCUAGUGUGGAGCAACCUCAAAUCGUGUCAUUUGAUAUGUGUGAUGAGAAAUUUAGUAUGAUACCAUUGCCAUCCGACCCUGAAGUUUCAAUUACUUACCAAAGAGCACUGACUGUGUGGAAAGAUGAAUCGGUUACAUUGUUUAUAAUGGGAAAAAUACACAGAGACACAUUCCUUAUAAUUGAAAUGUGGAUGAUGGUAGUUGAAAAUGAUAGUACUUAUUGGAGGAAACAUCUAACAAUUGCUCCAACAAUUGGUCCAAUAUUAGAGUACGAAUUUUUGAAACGUUUGGAUUUUUGGAACCAGGAAGAGUUCUUGAUUGAAGGUCGCAAUAGUGCUUCUUAUGUUCAUAUUAUGUCCUAUAAUAUUCGAACCAAAAGGAUAAGAAGAUUGGAUUUUUCUCUUGAGGGAGUGGAAUUGCACUAUUCGACUUCAUAUUCAAAAAGUCUAGUUUCGUUAUUGAACAAUUAG